AAAAUAUUCUUUGCAUAAUUAAACACAAACAACAUAAGAUUAUAUGGGAUAUUUUAUAUUUUUACUAGAAAGUACAAUUGAAGCUAUAAAGACUAAAUCCCAUGAUAAUACAGAAUUUUGGUUUGGAACUGGAGUUAAUAAACUGUGUAAUGCACCUCAUGCAACCAUUGCAUGUAAAAGAAACAAGCAUAAAGGUCACAUGGACAGUAUUGUGGCUAGAUACAAUGGAAAUUUAGACACUUCACAAGUAGACCGAUUAAUGCAGAUCAAUUAUACAUAUAGUGCAGGGACUAUCACAUCUUGUUUUAACUCUUAUUCGAUGCCCGGUGGUAGCUUUCAGGUUGAUCCAUUGUCUCCAGCAGUACAUCAUCCAUGGGAAGUUCGAAAUAACCCAACUAUUACUUGGACAGCUAACCCAUCUCAGUACUUUACAUUGGUCCUUGUUGAUGCUGGAAUGGGUGGAAACGCUUAUGCCGUGUUUAUUAACAUACCCGGAAAUGACUUUUCUCGACAUGAAGCGGUAGUAGAUUAUCGAGCACCUAUGAACCCAACAGAGGUAGAUAAUCCAUAUGUAUUCCUACUAUAUGAACAAACAGGACGUAUAUCAGCUACUGGAAGUCUGAUACAAAAUCUUACUAGUAAUACCAUAGCUACUAUGCACUCAAAUUCUCAUUUUAGAGGUCCUAAAGCAAUAUCUUGGGUCAGAAUCAGACAAGAUCCGUACUCUAUAAUGUAUCUUGGAAGCCAGAGUGUCGUAAACAAUUGUCCUUCUCUUGUGUCAGAAGCUUUACAUCACCACCCAGAAUCAUUCAUUCCUUCUAAUACCAUACUGGAUAUGUCUGUAGAUGUUACAUACACACCAUCCAGUAUUAGUUUUAUUUCAUGUUGUAAGACUUAUGUUUACAAUGAAAAGUCAUUUUCUCUCAAUCCUAUUGGAAACAACACCGUGAAAACAGCACAUGUCCGAUCGUCUGCAAUUCCAUCCGUUUCUCUUUCUAAGCGAGAUUGGUACCCUGACGCCAUCCAGUUUGCAGACAAUGAACUGUAUACCCUUAUGAUGGUAGACCCUGAUGCAGGAUCGUCUCCACGUCUUCACUGGCUGGUAUUGAAUAUUCCAAAAGGAAAUGUCAACGAUGGUGUUUCUGUACGAGAAUAUAAAGGUCCACAGCCGCCAAGUGGUGCGCACACAUAUUACUUCCUCCUUUAUAAACAGACCGGCAAAAUUAAUCCUUCUGUAAUUGGCAAUUAUACAACAUCUUGUUCUAGAUGUGGCUUUAACAUCAAUAGCUUCGUAAGUAAUAACCAUUUGGAUCUUAAAGGUGCCAGUUGGAUGCUAGCAUCUCAUGAUGAAUACGUCCGCCAUCUUCAUGUAGACGAGAGUAGCAAGGACAGGGCACAGGUUUGUUCUGGUCAGUCGGGAUUUCCAGCUUCAUGUACUAGUGUUGGUUCGUCCGUAACAGUUGGAUGAAAUUAGAUUUAUUUAAAAUAAAGAUUUUUCUAUUGUC